AGCCCUAUAUAUUCUGCCGUGUCCCUUUCGCUUCUAGAUACCCAAGACACUCGCUUAACAACGAGGCUCAACCAGAUUUGCGCUAGUCGUUGCCGUGUUUACGUUCGCGACUCCAAACAGCCCCAACCCAUCAGAUCACGGAAUAUCGGUCCAUUCCCGAACUGCUGGCCCAAUUGCCACGUCUUCCCAACUCCUCCUCACAAGAACGCCAUGGAUCCGCGAGACCUCAAGUCUGCGUCCAACUAUGUCAACCAACAGCUUGCGUCGCGCGGGCUGUUGCGCGGCAACCCGAUCGAUUUCGCGAAACCCUCGAAAGACCCUGACAAUCCCGCGCGGAUCAUCAACCUUGUGCACGAGCUAGUUCAGCGGAGAGAUAGGGAGGCCGAGCAGCGGGAGAAUCUGGCAGACACGAUACGGGUAUUGCGGAAUACCGAGACUAAGCAGACAUCCACAAUCGAAACAAUGAAAGAGAAGAUCGCCGAACUCGAGCGAAAAAACGGCCACCUCGAAUCGCAAGCCCGCUCCAUGACGACCACCUUGCGCACCACCGAGUCCUCGGCCAAAUCCCUCCGCGACGAAGCCCUCCGCCUCAAGUCGCUUCUCGCGCAGGUGCGCACACAGGCCGCGAACGAUGUCCGCAAGCGCGAUAUGCAGAUCACCAAGAUGAAGGAACGACUCAACGAUACGCGGCGGGGCGCCCGGCCUGCAGCUUCAACGAUCGUUAUUAAGACGGGGGAUAAACCGGUGCGGGGAACGGUUCGCGAAUAUGAUGCACUGGGGGAGAGUGUGCAGUCCUCCACGGCUGCUGCCGCUGCGGCAAAAGCGUUGUCGGAUGAUACUACGGACUUUUUGACGACGCUUUCGCAGCAGUUGGCGGACGAGAAUGACAAUAUUCUAGCGCUAGUACGACAGUGUUUGUCUACGCUCAAGGCAGUCCAGGGACUCCCAGACGAUGAUCAUAAUCCACAGACGGAGGAGGAGGCAGAGGGCGCGCUGAACCCGGUUGUGGCACCGCCGGCGAAUCUUGAAAGUCUCAGCAUGGAGCUUGAUACGGUCAUCGGUUCCCUACAGGAGUUGUUGAACCAGCCAGAUUACGUGCCCGUUGAGGAACUGGCGGAGAAGAACGAAGAAUUGGCGGAGAAGAAUGAGGAGAUCAACCUACUCACGCAGAGGAAUACAGUGCUCUAUGAAGAGUGGAAGAAAGCUAUUGAUUUACUGGACGAAUGGAAUCAGGGGUUGUUAAAUUCCGUUCAAAACCCCGAAGAUGCGGAAGGCAGCGGGCCUACUUCGGACCCAACCGCACCUAUGACGGCGCCCAGAAACAGGAGCAAGGGCAGGAGCAAGAGCAGACUACGCGGACUCUCAAUUGCGUCGACUGCGGGGAACGAAAGUGAGAUCGAGGUGCAUUUGUUGCAGAGUCAGGAGGCGGUUACGAGGUCAAUCAAGCGAGUACGGGCCACCGAUCCGCAGUUGGCGUCUGAGCCUGAGCCUCAAGUUGCAAGAAAGCCGGAGAUAUUUGAGCCUCGGCCUCUCUUCCAACCUCAACCCGAGGAGCCACAAGGCCAGGCAGAUACCAAGCAUGAGCAGGAGGAGGCGCAGGAGGAGGAGCAUGAGGAGGAGCACGAGGAGGAGGAGCUGGAGCUGGAGCCAGAACAGGAACAGGAAAUAUUGGAAGACAGAGUGAUUUACGAAGAGGAGGUGAUGAUUGUUCGUACGAAGUCACCCGCGCUAUCUCCGCAUCCACAAUCGCAGCGAAGGAAGCAACCUACACCUAUGCCCUCUUCCAGUAGAAAGACUACGAGGCGCUCACCGCACCCAGGGUCUCGAAGAGGAGCGCUACCAGUGGAGGAGCCAGAGCAUAUACCCGAACCUGAGCCUAUGGUCACCGUUGCGGAGAAUGUGCUUGAAUUGAAACCGCACUCACGACGACAGCAGCCAGUACUGGACUCGACUGCCUUGGCAUCACCUCGUCGGGGAUCACGACGGCAACCGCAGCCUGAGCCCGAGUUGCCUGAGCCCGAGUUGCCUAAUUUGCCCAAGCCCAAUUUGCCCGAGCCCGAGCCAAUGGUUACUGCCGAUGAGCCCGUAUCUAAAUCAUAUUCCCGGCUACAACAACUGCAACCGGCACCGGAUCCAGCUCCGGUGGCAUCACCGCAUCGGGGAUCGCGACGGCAACCACAGCCUCAGCCUGAACCCGAGGUGGAAGCUGUGCCCGAGACUGAGGCGCAAGCUGGGGUGGAAGAUGAGCCCGAGCUCCCGAAAUUGCCCGAGCCGGAGCCCGAACCCAUUGAGAAGCCCACCACUCGAUCGCGACGUGCUCGGCAGUCCGUGCCAAAGCAGUCCUCUAUCGUCGCCUCGCCACGCCGGCAGUCACGACGUCUACUACAGUCCGCGCCAGAACCGGAACCGGAACCCGAGGUCGCACUGCCCGAGCUUGGUGGUGAAGUUAAACCAAAACCUCGCGCACGAAAACCCCGUCCAUCCAUGCCAGAGACCACCGCCACGCCGCUCCGACAAUCACGACGUCAACAGCAAGCCGCCCAAGUAGAGGAGACAGAGCCGGAGACCAUGACCGGCUCUUUAAAGCUACGUAUCCGACGACCACGUGUUGCCCAGUCACCGGCAACCAAGGAAUCUCCCGCGAAACUAAAGCUACGACGACCACCGGUUACCCAGUCACCAGUGGUCGCCGAAUCUCCCGCGAAACUAAAGCUACGACGGAAACAGCCCGUACCCGUUCCAGAGGCGAACACCGACACCCUCAAACCCCAGUCUCGCCGACGAUCAAAGCCUCCCGUCGCCGAACCGGAACCAAACCCAGAAGACGAGAAUGAGAUCGCAGUUGCGGACGGACCAGAACCCCAGUCGGAGCAUGAACUGUCAGACCCCACAUCUCGAAAGCGUCGGAGAUCCGAGCGAGUCAAAUCCAGACCAGAUCUGGCAACCGGGUCGCCCGCUCCGGCCGUAAAGAAGGUUAAACGCCGGACGUCGAGGAAGAAGUUGGAGAUUGAUGGAGACUUGCUUCUGAGUGCUGCUUUUGAUGCGUAAUACUUCCUAUCUAGUUUUUCUCGAUACUCUUUUAGUACUUCCUCGCGGGAGCUUUUUGUUAUUACUUGGCGUAUGAGGCAGGUUUGAGCGCUAUUGUUUGGGUCUUUCGAACGUUUUUUUUGGUUGGCUACGUCCUGUGGAUGGAUGUGGAUAUAGGAUGAUUGCGAAUGAUGAUGUAGUCGUUAUUCAGUCAAGCCCAUUCGAUUCUAUUAUUGCUUUUUCCUUUCAUCAAGAGACCACCUAGACACGGUAUAAAAAAGAAUCGGAAGAAAUAAGGGGAAGGAAAUAAAGUAAAUAUACAGCGAAAGGGUAACACCAAAGGAGAUGUAGUAUCAUCAUCC